GUUGAAAUGAAAUGGCAAGUACAUGGAGUAGAGUGCUGGGAGCAACCAUUAGAUUCCCAUGAAGGAAGGGGGGAAUCAAUAUUGUUGUAAACAAUGCCUCCAUUGUGUAGUGAGUCACAAUAGCACAGGAUAUGUGACACUCCGCCUCAGGAGCUCACAGUAGAUGUCAGUAACGAGUCUCCGAGCCGAUUUGGGCAGCCAAUAAACAAGCAGGGAGGCAGAGAGGUUGAGGGGUGGGCGGGUCAUUGAGAGAGCAACAAACACACGGCAGUCACACACGCUGCCUGGCAAUCAGGAGGGAGAAAGGGGCAGUCACACACUGUGGGAGAUACACAAACACACAGGCGAGUGGCCAUGCUUGUACUACAGCGCAACCCAGGCUCAUUAAGCUGAAUCUGUCCAUUCAGAGCAUCCGUGGCACAGCCUGCACUGACAACAACAACUGCACCUCCGCACGCAAACAUCAGCCGCAAACAAGCGCUGCAGCGGGAGCAGCUCCGUCUCCCCUCGGAAAGCUUUCCUCUUUGCAAGGCGGUGGGGGUGGGUGUGAUUGAGCAGCUCUCCUUGGCUCCUGCUGGGAACAACAACAUAAAAAAGCAGCGGCGGUCGCGCCAUGUGAUGGGUCUCUUUACGGUCCGCCGGGAAAGCCACAGCUAUAGCAGAUGAAGUGAAAGAAGGAGGAAUUGAAAGUGCACGGGAGGUGAUGCUUGCAGAUAAACUGACAUUUGCAUGGAAGAAUUGUAUCAUAUUUCUUCAACACCAGGCUCUUGACUUGACAGCACCUCAGAAACAUAUCUGUAAUAAAUGACUACAUUUUGGAACAACAUAAGGCAAUUUAAAAUUAUCAUAUCUGUGCAUCAAAAAAAGUCUUCCAUGAAAACAAAAUGACCUUCAGACGUGUUUAUCAGCAUGAAGACUGUGUGUCACAUGAAUAACCAUUAUAUGAUUGUUGGAAAAUGUAUAUUAAUAGAGAGAGGAAUCAUUUAAAGGGUCUGAACGGAAUGUCUGUGGAUGAGAAGACUGAAUCCCCCAUGUACGUGUAUGAAUCAACAGUCCAUUGUACAAAUAUUCUUCAGUGCCUCAAUGACCAGUGGAAACAGGACAUUUUAUGUGAUGUUACAUUAAUAGUAGAAGGGAAAGAGUUCCGGGCCCACCGCGCAGUCCUGGCUGCAUGCAGUGAAUACUUCUUGCAAGUAUUGGUUGGGCAGACUGAACAUGGCUUGGUUGUCAGUUUGCCAGAUAAGGUCACAGCUAGAGGAUUUGGUCCAUUGUUGCAGUUUGCCUAUACUGCUAAGCUGUUACUGAGCAAAGAAAACAUCCAAGAGGUCAUCCACUGUGCUGAAUUUUUACGUAUGCACAACCUGGAAGACUCCUGCUUCCGCUUUCUUCAGACGCAGCUACUAAACAAUGAGGAUGGAUUGUUUCUGUGCAAGCAAGACACCUCACGCCAGCCUAUGCAUAUUGAUACGUUUGAUUGUGAAGAGGAAACAAUGGAAUCUGAAACAUCAAAAAUAUCCUGCCCUAAGGAUCAGGAGUCGUUCAAUUUCAGUGCAGGAGAAAGGGUGGUAGACAGAAAUGAUAUUAUUCUGCCUAAUUGUGAUAUGCAAAAGGACAAAGAGAGUUUAGACAAGGAUCCAAUAAUCCGCUAUCCAAAAUACAAGAAAUACCAGCUUGCUUGUACUAAGAAUGUUGACAAUGCAUCCCACAGUACCUCAGGUUUUACAAGCACAUUUAGUGAACAGAAUUCUGAAACUGGUCUUAAACCAGGAUUCCCUAUAAACCAGAUCAAAAGUGAGCCUCAUGAUGAUGACAAUGAAGAAGAGAGUAUAACUCUUUGCUUGUCCGGUGAUGAAGCAGACAUCGGAGACAAAGAUGGAGAUGUUGAGAUGGUCAGGAAACAGCCCAGUCCUGUUUGUAUUGAUAACCCCAAAAAUGUAUCUUCACCUUCCUGUUUAAGAACUUUUUUUAGCAGAACAAAAGGGGCAGAGGUAAUGGAUUUUCCUGCUACUUCCCAACAGCAUUUUGCCAGAAGUCCUGCAUGCCCUGUAGAAAAGAGGGCAACUCAGGGUGACCAUAAAACUGAAUACAACUCUUUUAUUGGGAAUUUUGAACCUCAUAAAGAUUCCGCUAAUUUCUUAAUAGCAUCCCCUCUCAGGGGGUCUGGUUCAGAGCUGACCUCUAAACAUGAGGUGGAACUAGACAGGAGGAGUGUCAUAUUCUCUUCAAGUGCUUGUGACCAAAUAAGCACUCCGGAGCAAUCAUACUCUGGUGUGAGCUGCUUAGACAAAGAAAUUUCUGAGAAUGUGCCAAAGGGUUUGUGGGCAGGAGGUAGCCAAUCUCUCCCUAGCUCCCAUGCCUUUUCCCACAGUGGACUGGUAGCAGACCCCUUGCCGGGAAGGCUGCGGCCUAACCCCAGUUGCCCUGUGCCAAUUAAAGUUUGCCCCCGUUCCCCUCCAUUGGAAACCAGAACCAGGACAUCUAGUUCAUGCUCAUCAUACUCAUAUGCAGAAGAUGGCAGCGGUGGUUCACCUUGCAGCCUUCCUCUCUGUGAAUUUUCAUCAUCUCCCUGUUCCCAGGGUCCAAGAUUUCCAACCAAUGACCAUCAAGAAGUUUGUUCAAUGGCAGACUCUCUCUAUAACAUUAGGCCCCAGAUAAAAUGUGAGCGGUCAUAUGGAACUAAUUCAAGUGAUGAGUCUGGAUCUUUUUCAGAAGCAGACAGCGAAUCAUGUCCUGUUCAGGACAGCGGACAGGAGGUCAAACUGCCCUUCCCUGUUGAUCAAAUCACAGAUCUUCCACGAAACGAUUUCCAGAUGAUGGUAAAGAUGCACAAGCUGUCCUCCGAGCAGCUGGAAUUUAUUCACGAUGUUCGGCGCAGAAGCAAAAAUAGAAUUGCUGCCCAGCGUUGUCGCAAAAGGAAACUAGACUGCAUUCAGAACUUAGAAUGUGAAAUACACAAACUAGUAUGUGAAAAGGAGAAGUUGCUAACAGAAAGGAACCAACUGAAGGCAUGCAUGGGAGAAUUACUGGACAAUUUCUCUUGUCUUUCCCAGGAAGUUUGUAGGGAUAUCCAGAGCCCUGAGCAGAUACAAGCCCUGCAUAGAUAUUGCCCUGUGCUACAGCCUAUGGAUCUACCCACAGCUGCCACCUUCAACCCCUUACCAGCACGAGGAGAACAAAACCUUGUAACAGCUCAUGAUGUAGGUGAUAACAUGCCAUGCUGCAAUGAGCAAGGCUCCGUACAGCUUGGAGCUCAUUCACUUCCUAAUAACAUCCCAGAAAAUUGUAUAGCAAGAUGUGUUCCUGAGGGAUCUGAUCCUGGAACCUACACAGAGAGGGGGGAGUGCAUGGAACAGAUCAGCCAAACAGUGACCGUGGACUUCUGUCAGGAAAUGACCGACAAAUGCACAACAGAUGAACAACCAACAAAAGAUUUCACCUAGUGACAUUAAUGCUGUGCGCAUUGUUUGGUCUACAAAAAGUCUUGUGUCAGCCAUUGGCUACCACUGCCUCCUGGAAAUAUUAUUGGUGCACACUACAGCAGUCUUAGCAGCAAUACUGUUUUAUAAAGUAUUUCCAUCCUCUCUGGAUGCAGGAGAUCUCUUCACGAUGGUGCUAUAUACACCUUGCGCAUGCAGGGAACUGAACAGUGGUGUCACUGUCCUCCUUAUGUUUUUAUUUUAUUUCUUAAAAUAAGUUAACGUCACAAAUUAACAGGGAUGGACCUAACACCUUGGAGGACCCAACAGCAGCUUCUAUUCUCAGUGACUGUGUGUCACAAGACCCUAUCUCAGGAAUUUUCCUCUGAAUGUUAAUUUUGUUUUCAUCGAAGACCGUUAAAAUGAAAAUCAAGGUUUUAUAGGUAAACUGUAAAUAGAUUAUAUAUCCAUAUGCAAAAAGUAGACUUGCCCCCAUGAUUUUCACAUCCUAAAACUGGAACGCUCGUGUCUGUAUUGUAGUAGCAAGUUAUAACAUUCCUUUUUUCGCCACUGAUGCAACUACACUUUAUAAGUAUUUUCAAUGCCGUUCCUCUGCAUCUUUCUUUUUUGUAUCUAGAUAUGAAACACAGCAUCAGAUGCACAUGGUUUCUUUAACUAACAUCAGACAGGGCAUGACCUUCCCAACACGCACCAUUUCAGUACUGCAAGUUAUUAGCGGGUACUUUUUUUCUUGCUGAUACUGUACGUUUUUUGCCAUUCUUGCCACUUGCACUGAGUUUUGCUGUAAUUUAAACAAGGCUUUUUGUGUAUUACCUUGUAUGUAAAAUAAGGAAGAAAAAAAAAAAAGAAAUACUCAGGAGAAUAUAGCCUAGGAACAUUUCUUGCCAAAUAUGCAUUCAAUAUGUAGUGUUACAUUGGUUUAGCUUUUAUUUUGAUCCAUUCCCCUUAAACGGAAUGCCUGUUCCUAAAAACUGAGCAGUAUUUAAUGUAAUUUAUAUGGUGGGUGGGGAUAAGUUUGAAUUCAAUGGCAUAGACCAGCUUGCUUUCGUGGCCUGGAAAUACUUGUUCUGAGAUAGCUAAUAUGAAUCUAAGGGUUAUUAUAUGGACUUUAUGUGCAUAUGAAGCCCUGAAAACCAGUGGAAAUCAGUUACCUCAUAUUAACAAUGCCAAAAGCCUAUCUUUUUUUCACAUUAUUUCUUGGGAUCUUGCUAGGCAACUGCCAUAUUUUAUAUAUAUUGUAUUUGGCCAAAAGUUUGUGGACAUCCCUUCCAAUUAUUUUAAUUUGUCAUUUAAGUCACAACAAUCAUUGAUGGCAGGUAUUUAUACAUCCUACAAAAACAUUCUUGACAGUUCCGUGUUUCCUGCUUUUGUGGCAUCUGUUUGAAGAAGACCCUUAUGCACAAAGUGAGGUACGUACAGAUUUGAUUUGCAGAAAUGGGAGUGUAAGUACUUGACUGACCUGCACAGAGCACUGCCCUCAACCCGACUUAACACCUUUAAGAUGAACUGUGACACAGAAAUGAGCCAGAUUUGACCCCAAUAUCAGUGCCCACCCUUUUCCAUAUGAAUGGAAGCCUUCCCUAUAGAGUAGAGGGUAAAGGCUGUUUAUAGCAGCAAUGAUAGGACCAAUACCAUAUAAAUACUAUUGCUCUUGGGACAAGAUGUUUGACAGGCAGGUAUCCACUUAUUUGUGGCUAUAGAGUGUGUAUAUAUGUGUGUGUGUAUUUGUAUGCAUGUGUGUGUGAUCUGUUCUCCCCCAGUGGCACGCAUUUGUUUUGCAGCUGAUUUCUCCAAACAUUCUCUUGAAUCAACGUGUGAAUUUGCUGUCAGUGUCCCUCAGCAGCACAA